UAACCUUCCUGAGGAAGUCACAUCUGUUUACAGUUGAAUUAUUCAUAAAUAAACUGAACGGUACUGUAAAAUCUCUCAACGAAUGAAAUAUGUUAAUUAAAAAUCGGAUUGUGAUGUGAUUAGUGCAAUUGGUGGUCAGUGAUGAUGUCGUACUUCUAUGGAACUCCGAUUAACAGUUUGGAGCAGAGUACUAGCUCUAAAAGUGAUAAGAAAAAGCAUAAACGCAGAGUUGAGAAAGGGUAUGAGCUAGAACCAGUUCAUGGAUCUCGUCAUCGACGUAAACAUUCUUCGAGGAGUCGAUGCACGUUGAAAUCGAAAGGUGCUGUCAAACUCAUUAGUGAUAAUGAGAAAAUGAUAGCUAAAUUGCAGUCAACUCCAGAAUCAGGUUUCAUGGAUGAACUAAGUGAAAAGGAGAAUCAGCUCUCGAAAUGUAAAUCGAGGUAUUUAAAAUUAGAGAAAUCAUUCCAAACAAUUGAGCUGGAGAAUGCAAAUCUGCAGGAAGCUCUAGCGAAGAAUGAAAAAGACUAUAACAAGCUGCAGAGUCAUUAUGAGGAGUUGAUGAAACAGGUGCAGUGCCUCGGCAACGAGAGGACGACUCUGGUGAACGGUUACAAAAAAAUCAAAUCAGAGAACAAUCAGAUGGAUGAGGAUAUUUCCCUUCUGAAGAUGUUGAUUUACAAGCUGAAUGUGGAGUUGGAGAGGUAUCAGGAUAGACUAAGAUCUAGUCAGGUCCAGGAUGACUCCAGGAGCUCGAGGGUAGAGGAUAGUGAUCCAGGGUCCGAGAGUAGAAGAGUGGCUGAGGCCUGGGGGCGUGUCAACACUCAUGUUUUGGCACCUCUGCUCGAGGCUUAUCAGGAGAACCUGCGGGAAAAGGAUGAACUCAUCACUCAGUACAGACACGAAAUGGACGAGUUCAGUGGCAGGUGCAAAGAAAUUGUGGGGGAGAAUGAGAUUUUGAGAAAGGAGAUCGAGCAUUACAAGGCAGAAAUCGAUAAAUUGGCGUUGGACAUGAAGACAAUCGAGGAGAACGCCUCCACGAUAAAAGAGGAGAAUGAUAUUCUGACGAAACAGGCAUCCCUUCAGAAGCAGAAACUCCACGAGAUCCACUCGAUCUACGAGAAAAAAGUUGAAUCAAUGUCCCAGGAUAACAAUCAGUUGCAUGCAACUUAUAUUGCUUGUAAAACAGAAUUGAGUAAUGUUCAGGGAAAAUAUGAGAUACUGAACGAGGCAUUUGAGAAAUUGAAGAAAAAUUCGGAGAAGACAAUGCCAGUGUCUGUUCAUAGUGAGGCCAUAGAGGAAUGCAAAAGGCUCUUCGAGGAGUUGAAGAGUCAGUACGAGACAGAGAAGAGAAAAUUGUUGGGACAGUUGAAGAGGUUCGAGGAGACAACUCCAGAUAAUGAGAAAAUGCUGGCAGUAGUGACAGCUGAGAGGGAUCAGUUGAAACUAUUGGCUAGAAAUCUCGAGAAAAAUUUGAAACGAAGUCAGUACAAAUUGGAGAGUAUCCAGAGCAGUGUGUGCUCCAUUCAAGUGUCCAGGGACUCGUUUAAGAGACAAUUAGCGAAAACCACAGCUUAUUGCGAUGAACUCGUGGGAGAGCAGGAGAGAUUGGUGUCGGAGAGGAACGAACUCUUGUACCUUUUGCAAGAGCGGGAGAAGGAGAACAAGAAUAUUCAGAUCAUGGGGGAUAAUAUUGCCCAGCGGAUGAACACUUUGAAGAGUCAAUUGAAAAUUGUUCAGAAAGGGGCGAAGGAGCAAUUGGACACUGUCGAGAAGCAGAUGAAAUCUCAGGAGGUGGGAGUGGGUAGGAUAAAAUCGGAUUAUCAUCAGGAGUUGCACAGGCUCAAGCAGCUGUUGAAACAGAAGGAGGACGUCAUCGGUAAAUUACAGCGUGAGAAGUCUGCGACACAGAAUAAUCUGGAGCUCGUCUGGAAGACGGCAACCAGUGAGGAUAAAAGGGUUAAGGAUGCUCUCAAAAAUAAAAAAACAUGAUAAUUAUUAAUUAUACCUUUAUGAAAAAUAUAGUGGAAAAAUUUGGCACUUUUUUAGAGAAUGAAUGUUUAUCGGAGAGUCCGAAGAGUUUGGAGAGUGAGAAUUUUGGGGAAUAGUUGUUGAGUCUAGUCGUACACACUAGUCAUGUAAAAAUGUAAAUGUAAAAGACGAUAAUUCCUAGU